AUGAGGCUGCUGGAGACCGAUCUGCAGGUCCUGACCCGGGAGCUGUCCCUGUACCUGGAGAUCCAGGUGCCGGCGGGGCUCUUCGGUUCCGGUGUGGGCUUGUCCCUGGUGCUGGGCUUCAGCGCCGCCUUCGCCUGCUAUUACCUCAGUAGCAUCGCCAAGAAACCUCAGUUGGUGACUGGCAGUGAGAGCUUCAGCCGCUUUCUCCAAGAACAUUGUCCUGUAGUGACAGAAACUUACUACCCCACAGUAUGGUGCUGGGAGGGCCGGGUGCAGACCCUCUUGCGUCCCUUCAUCACCUCAAGAUCCCCAGUGCAGUACAGGAAUGAGCUUAUUAAAACACCAGAUGGAGGACAGAUUUCACUGGAUUGGUUUGAUAAUAAUGACAGCAUAUGUUUUCCGGAUGCCAGCACAAGACCCACUAUCCUAUUACUGCCUGGCCUCACAGGAACAAGCAAGGAAUCCUACAUUCUUCACAUGAUCCAACAGAGUGAAAUGCUGGGAUAUAGAUGUGUGGUUUUUAAUAACCGAGGAACUGCUGGUGAGACUCUCUUGACACCAAGGACUUACUGUGCUGCUAACACAGAGGAUUUGGAAGCUGUUAUUCAUCAUAUACACAACAUGCAUGCCUCAGCUCCAUUUAUGGCAGCAGGUGUUUCUAUGGGAGGCAUGCUUCUUUUAAAUUACCUGGGCCAAACUGGCCGAGAAACCCCUUUGAUGGCAGCUGCAAUUUUCUCGGCGGGUUGGAAUGUUUUUGAGUCUGCAGAAUCAUUGGAGAAACCACUAAAUUGGCUUCUCUUUAACUACUACUUGACUACUUGUUUACAGUCCUCUAUUAGUAGACAUCGACAAACGUUAGAGAAAUUAUUUGAUCUGAAUCUUGUCAUGAAGGCUAAAACCAUUAGGGAGUUUGAUAAGCAAUUCACCUCAGUCAUGUUUGGCUACCGUACAAUUGAUGAUUACUAUGUAGAUGCUAGUCCAUGUCGCAAGCUGAAGUCAAUAGGAAUUCCAGUGUUAUGUCUAAACUCUCUGGAUGAUGUUUUUUCACCAGGUCAUGCUAUACCCAUAGAAACUGCCAAACAAAAUCCAAAUGUUGCUUUGGUUCUUACUUCUUGUGGAGGCCACAUUGGUUUUCUAGAAGGAAUGUGGCCAAGGAAGUGUACUUACAUGGACAGAGUCUUCAAGCAGUUUGUGCAGGCUGUGUUUGAGCAUGAAAACCAAAUCUGCAGCAUGUAG